AUCCUGAGGCCCGGGCUUUAGAUUUGGAAUGAAAUGUUUGUAUUAAGAAGAAGAUAGGUUAUUUCUGCUUAAACAGGAAAAAGUAGCUGGGUGAAGCAGUGGCCAGGGAAUGGGUGGGGUUUCGUCUGGAAACCCUGCUCCCACCUUCCGCUAUUGCGACCAGAGCAAGGGGCUGGGAGACGCAGGGUUUCCCAGCAUGGGGGGAAGGGGAGUGCUGGGAAUGGGAGGACUCUCUAUAUUCCUGGACUAAUUGCUGAGGAACUCUGCUCUAGUAUUGCAUUUCCACCUGCAAAUUCCCUCCCAGCCCUCGGAGGCAGGUUUGUAUCCCUUCUCCCGCAAGGCAGGGGCACAGCUGAGACUGGGUGCUGCUUCUCCCACCUCUAACAGGACUCUGCCUAUACCUUAGGGGUUUGCAUGGGAAAGGAGCUCUUGCCUUCUCCCAGAGAUAUAGGAUGUUUAGGAUCAAUUAGGGAAAUACCAUUGGCAAUCCAGAUGAAUGGAGAUGAUGGGGUCAGUGAUGUGGGUUUCCAAGCAGAGUAAAUCCAAGAGAGCUUCAUGUAGGAGCCAGGCUGUGGACACAGCUCUGCCUCGGCGCUGGUCUCUGUUCCUCUCUGGUUUCGUUGCCUUGGCGUUGGACCCAGGUGUCUUGUGUUGUUUCUUUGCAUCAUUGUUCGUCUUCCUCCUGCUUUCUGCAAGCUCCUGCGCCAACCUGUUUGGCCAGCCUGAUCAUUUUCUCCCCGUAGCCCUGAAUAGGCUCAGCUUGCUGCUGCCAGACAGCUGGGAGUCACUUCUCUCUCGGCUGGUCAUUCUGUUCCAGAAACAUGGUGCUGCUUUGGGGUCUGUUGCUGCUCUGCCUGCCUGCUCUGCACAGCCAUCUACAGUUGCCUUUGACACAUGCCUUUGAGCAGAAGCAUCUCUCCUUAGACAAAGCUGUGGAGUCAGAGGAUCUGGAAGGGGCUGGCGCUGUGCAACUGGACAUGCACACUGUAGAUACCCCCUGUGCUCUGCCAGAAGCUGCUCCAACCCUGCUGAACGCUGAGGCAUUGGAUUCUACCUCAGACGCCUGGGAGGAGAUUUACCGACCCACGCUACCAUUCACCACCACAACCACCAGAGGCAGUAGAAAUGACUGGAGCCCAGAGGAAGUUCACUCUUCUGAAGAGGAAGAUGAGGGGGAAGAUAAAAACUGUGACGUGACUUGGAAGAAAAGCCAGAGGCUAACAAAAGGGUUGAUAAAAUUCAGCAUUGAUCUCCUCAGAGAGGUCCAGCUGGAAACCAACAGAGCCAACGUGAUCCUGUCUCCCCUCAGCAUCACCCUUGCCUUGUCUCACCUGGCACUAGGAGCAGCAAAUCUGACAGAGAAGCGUUUGCUGGAGGUGAUGCAUCUAACGUCAGUGCCCUGUCUCCAUUACACAUUAAGCAACGUGCGCAGAAGGCUUGCAGAAUCCUUGCUCAGCGCUGCUUCACGUGUGUACCUGCAGAAAGGGUUUUGGAGGAAUAAGUUUGAUGCUAGCCUCACUGGGCCAGACAUAUUCCACCUUGACAAUGAUUUCAUGGUCCCAGUUGAGAUGAUGAAAGCCCAGAAGUACUCCCUGAGUUGGUUUACACUGGAGUCCCAGGAUGUUCAGGUGGCCAAGUUUCCCUUUAAGGGCAACAUGAGUUUCCUGGCCAUUGUACCAAACCAGUUUAGCUGGAACGUCUCUCAUGUGCUGGAGAACUUCCCUUAUGAACAACUACGCAGCCUUUUCCCCAAAGAGGUACCCACCACAGUGAAGAUACCCAAAUUAAAAGUAGACUAUCAGCUGGAACUCAACAAGGUUCUCAGUCAAAUAGGCCUCCAAGAGCUGUUCACAAACCCAGAUCUCCAGAAGAUUACAGAUGAACCUCUCUUUGUAUCCAGUAUACAACACCAGUCUACACUGGAGCUUAAAGAAGAUGGGGUGGAAGCAUCUGCUGCUACCAGCGUCAUGGUGUCACGGUCACUCUCUGCCUUCAGCCUCGACCGACCCUUUCUCUUCAUUAUCUUUGAGGAAGAAACAGGCAUCCCACUUUUUAUAGGCAGCAUCCAGAAUCCUAACCCCAGUGCUGCUCCCCAGAUAAAAGAGACACAGGACUUACCUGAUGCAACAGAUGUCACUGAGUAUCCUGUGCCCAAAUAAGAGAGAAGCAGAGCCUAGGAGUUCUGGGACUGCUACCCACCUGACCCUUUGGACCGGCUAAGAAAGGUGUCCUGUUGCUGGAGACCCCCCUCUAAGACCAUAGGAGGCAAUUCUUUGCUGUUUCCUUUACAGAUCUCUAAAGACCAAUCCUGGGAUAUCCCGUGCCAGCUUUGACAAGCUUCUCCUGGUUGGGUUCCCUCUGCUGACCCUGAAAAGCAUGCGUGGAUUUCCCUUCCAGGACUCCUAGUCCUGAAGGGAGGCUUCCUUGUCCCCAGACUCUUAUUAGAGUCUUUAUUAGUGUCCCCCAUAGACUGGAAUCUUCUUUAGCAUCUGGCAGCUUGGACAACAGCCAUAGAUAUUAAUAUUGCCCUUCCCUCCACAGUUCCUGCAAACAUGCCUUUCUCAAAGUGUUCCUCUGAAAACUGCGUCUCUUUGUACCUACAUAGAAAAUGAUCUCUGAAUGAACUGAACUAGUAACCAGUUGUCUUCCCUGGGAUGAGUCACAGCCACUUUCAGGCACAGGCUCUUUCCAAAUAUUCCUUUCUCCCACUCCUUGGCUAUUGGGAUCUGUUAUGGGAAGGUCUGCAGUAAGAGGAAUCCCUUUGGAUCUUUAUCUCCAGCCCUUUUCCUGGGAAGCGGUAGGGACCUGGAAAAUGUUAGAUUUUUCAAGGUAUAUUUUAUAAAGUUUUUUAAAGUAAUUUUUAUGUUGGCAGAAUAAUAA